AUCUAACGUGAACCUUCACUGCCGUUGAAGAUUCACACGCGCUCACAAGUCACACAGGCAGCACUUUUGUGAUACAGCUCCUCGUAUCGCUGUCGGACUCUAAGAAACCGGUCGGAAAUUACCUGUUUCCACAUUAUCUGUGUCCUGGAUGAUUUAUGUUAAACUGAAAGCAAAAGGUUCUGGAGUGAUGUGGUCACAGUGAUGUCACUGAGUUGAAGUAGAGGCCGUCAUUAACAAUAUGGAGUCAGCGGAGAGGCUGGUGUCCCCGACUUCCAGUCAGACCUCUAUAAGAGCUGCGGCAAACCCAGAAGACUCGUCGCCAACAACACACAGCAAGAGCGGUCAUUUGUUCCGAAUGGUUGGCAAUCAGGGCUUGGGAAUUUCUUCAGUUUCCGGUGCCUUUCCCAUGAUCAAUCACCCAGCCUUCAGUCUGCACUCCUCUUCUCCUCUCCGAUCUGAAUUCGGUGGUCUGGGAACUCUGGGAAUGUCGGCUGCUUUGGCCGCCCGCUCUCAGCUCGGAGCUUUGCCAGAUUGGUGGCGUUCUGCAGACGCUCAGGGUCAAGGGUCAGCGGCCUUUUUUCCUCAUCUAUUGGGUCUGCCGGCAUUAUUCAGCAUGUCGUCGCUGAACCAUGAGCAAUCCCUCCUCCAGUCUCAUGCUCCCCGACGCACUCCUGCUAAAGCAGGUUUGAAUGGUUCAGUUAAUGGAAAAACAAACUCGAGCUCGGCCUCUUCUACACCCUCUCCAGCCCUCAAACCUCCAGAUCAGACCAAGAGCCUGAAAACCAGGCCAAAACCAGCACUAAACCAGCUAGAAGAGAAAACUAGACUCAAAACAAAGGACCAGAAGCUUCCUAGCAAGGUGCCAGAUGUCUCCAUCAACAGCGACAGCCAAUCAGCAUCCAGCUCUGACAGCUCAAGUGAUGCUCUUAGCAGUUCUGACUCAGACGACCUGGAGGAUGUUGACGACGAUGAUGAUGAUGAUGAUGAUGAUCAGAGUGAUGAUAGUGUGGACUUGGAAAAGUGCGGAAAAGAUCCGAAAGGUAUCCGAAAGCCGCCAUCGCACAUCCAGGCCUUCAGGCCCAUGGACGACCCCAGCACACAAACCAGUGUCAUCCAGGCUACAGGUCAAUCAGCCAGUGCAAAACCGCUCGAAUUAGUCACACAGCAGCGCAGAAACCGAGACGCAUCGUCCCCUAAAGACCUGCCUCUGUCCUUUCCAAAAACCGUCUCGCACUCAUCGUCUCCAAAACCACCUUCCCUCACCCCAUCGCCGAAGCCUCUGUCUCCGUCUUCCUCUCCCACACCGCCCUCCUCGAAAUCCACUCCUCUGCAGUCGGACCGUCUGAAGAAGUGCAAGAAUUACCUCGACGAGACCAUUAUCAAUAUCAGCAAACUCAAACAGCCAUCACUACCUCAGGAGCCGAUCAAACAGGCCUUUCCUCCGCCGUUGAGAGAUGCACAGGAACCACAGAGCAGCCAGAAACUUCCAUACAGUCCGUUCCUCCCGUCUCUUCCUACUGAGAACCACCAUCCCAGUGCAGUUCAGGACGCUCCUCUGGCCCUGAUUACCAAACAUCGCUGCCAGAGCACACGUGUCCCUGAUAAACCACUGCUGGCUGCCACCAGCCCCGCAUACAACACCCCCAUCAACCUCACCACCACGGCGGCCAGAGAGACGGGUCGGACCUCUACCUCACCUGGUCCAACUCCGAGAGCAGGCCGAGGGAAGGGCUGUAAAAUGGCACAGAGGACGGUGAAGAGAGAGAGACCAUCAUUGGUGGAGAACUUCAGGGGGGCGGAGUCUGACCUCCCCGACAAUAAAGAUUCCGAUGACUCAUUAAUGGAGGAUGAGGAUGAAAAUGACAUUUCAAACGACAGUCUCUCAGAUUCUGACAGCAAUUUAGACAGUGAUUCUGAUGAUGACGAUGGUAAAGAUGAAGAGCUGGACACAGAUUUAGAAAUGGACAGAACGCCACUCAAACUCACUAAUUCCUCAGCGUCUGUACUAGACUCCUCCCACAGCUCUAGCCCCGCCCCUCUCAAUCUACAGGUUCAUAAAACACCUGUCACAGCCACACCAACCGUUGUGACCAACUCUGGGAAUUCAGCCAAUCACAGCCCAUCUUUCUCAUCUCACAGUGUGUCUGCACCCCCAGGAAAAAGGAGAAGAGUCACAGAUGAGAGUGCACUACGGAAACCUCUAGAAUAUGGAUGGCAGAGAGAGACGCGCAUCACAAACGUGUCUGGACGUUUACGGGGAGAGGUGGCGUACUAUGCUCCAUGCGGCAGAAGGCUCAGACAGUACCCUGAUGUCAUCAAGUAUCUGACCAGAAAUGGAAUAAGCGACAUUACACGUGAUCAUUUUAGCUUCAGUACUAAAAUAAAGGUUGGUGACUUCUAUGAAGCCAGAGAUGGACCACAGGGGUUACAGUGGUGCUUGCUGAAAGAGGAGGAAGUCAUUCCUCGUAUCCUAGCGAUAGAAGGUCGGCGGGGUCGUCUGAAGAAUCUUGACCCUUUAAGCAGUCCUGCCGGUGACCCCGCUCGCUCUCGCAGGAAAGGCCGAGCACCUGACGAGAGUGAAGCCGAUGUUCUCAGCACCUCUGAGGCCAAACUACUGCGCAAACUGGAGGCUCAGGAAAUCGCACGGCAGGCGGCUCAGAUGAAGCUGAUGCGUAAGCUGGAAAAACAGGCACUGGCACGAGCGGCCAAAGAGGCCAGGAGACAGCAGGCAAUCAUGGCAGCAGAAGAGCGGCGGAAACACAAGGAACAAAUGAAGAUUCUCAAACAGCAGGAAAAGUUCAAGAGAAUCCAGCAGGUCCGUAUGGAGAAAGAACUCCGUGCUCGGCAGAUUUUGGAGGCUAAAAGAAGAAAGAAGGAAGAGGCUGCCAACGCCAAAAUACUAGAAGCUGAAAAACGAAUAAAGGAGAAGGAGCUCCGUAGACAGCAGGCCAUCAUCCUGAAGCACCAGGAGUUGGAGAGACAUAGACUAGAUAUGGUAUGGGAGCGAGAGAGACGUCGUCAGCAUGUGAUGUUGAUGAAGGCGAUGGAGGCCCGGAAGAAAGCUGAGGAGAAGGAACGUCUGAAACGAGAGAAACGAGAUGAGAAACGAUUGAACAAGGAGCGCAAGCUGGAGCUCAGGCGGCUUGAGCUGGAAAUGGCCAAAGAGCUGAACAAACCCAAUGAAGACAUGUGUCUGUCAGACCUGAAGCCUCUGCCAGCGCUGUCACGGAUAGCGGGUCUGGUGUUGCCGGGCGGAUGUUUCUCAGACUGUCUAAUGGUGAUGCAGUUCCUGCGCUGUUUUGGAAAGGUCCUGGGGUUUGACCUCAGUGCUGACAUGCCGUCACUCGGCGCGCUGCAGGCAGGGCUGUUGAAUGUGGGUGACAGCAUGGGCUUUAUCCAAGACCUGCUGGUGCGGAUGCUGUCUGCUGCGGUGUGUGACCCGGGACUGCCUCCAGGACACAGGGCUAAGACGGCUCUGGGAGAUCAUGUGACUAACAUUGGCUUGAACCGGGACAAUGUUUCCGAGGUGCUACAGAUCUAUAUGGAAGCUCACUGUGGACAGACCGAGUUGGCGCCGCUGGCCGAGAGCUUGAAGACCAAAGCUUUCCAGGCCCACACACCCUCUCAGAAAGCAUCUAUACUGGCCUUCCUGGUCAAUGAGCUGUCCUGCAGCAAGACUGUGGUCAGUGAGAUUGAUAAAAACAUUGACAACAUGACCAACCUGCGACGAGACAAAUGGUUGAUUGAGGGGAACCUGCGGAAACUGAGGAGCAUCUACGCUAAGAGGACGGGAAAGCGGGAAAGCAGUGUUGGAGGAGAGGAGGGUCACGCCGUCGGUACGCCUGUGAACAGCCGUAAACGCAAGCGCAAAGGAGGGGAGAGUGAUGAUGAUGAUGAGGAAGAUGAUGACAGCGAUGAACAGGGAGAGGAGGAUGAAGACGAAGAUGAUUUUGGUGGGAAGAAAGGGAAGAAAGCCGAGGCGUGUGAAGAUGAGGAUGAAGGUGAUCAAUCCACAAGCAUUGAGGAGCUGGAGAGACAGAUUGAGAAGCUCAGCAAGCAACAGACUCAGAUCCGUCGGAAGCUGUUCGAGGCCUCUCAUUCCCUGCGCUCGGUGAUGUUCGGUCAGGACCGGUAUAAAAGACGCUACUGGGUGCUGCCGCAGUGUGGCGGGAUCUUUGUGGAGGGUCUGGAGAGUGGAGAGGGUCCAGUGGAGUUGCAGAGAGAGCGUGAGAGGUUGAAGAACGCUCACCUCGUCCAAGUCAAAGUGGAGCCGGCAGAGGAACCUGAUGAAAAAUACGGCAACACUGAGGUGAAACGCGAACCUCCGCAGAAUGUAGAUUCUCUCAACCUCUUCUUGCAGAAGCCUGGCUCUUUCUCCAAGCUCAGCAAGCUGUUGGAAGUGGCCAAGAUGUCCUCUGAGGUCUCUUGUCACCAAAAUGGUAGUCCAAAACAGCAGACUACAAUAACCAGCAGCCCUGAUCCUGAUCACUCUCGUCUUCUCAACAACACCUACCUCACUAAUGCGCAACAGCAGAUCCGUAACGACCAGCUCUACAAAGUAUUGACCGAAAGGAACCCUCAUUGGUUCAGUCUACUGCCACGCUCUCCAUGUGACGUCUCAUCUCUGACUGAAAGUCCACAUUCAGCGUCGUCAUCUUCCUCACCACAAACUUCCAAUGGCAGAGCCCGAUCCCCAUUUGCCACCUGUCCAUCGAGCACAGCAGGAAUCAACAACUUUUCAUUAGCAGCACUGCAGAUGAAGUCUGGGGUGCCCAUAAUAGAUCUGCCGUUCUGUGCUUGGUCCAAUGGAAAUCUGAAUCCAAAUGUGACGUUCUCUGGGAUUUCCAUGGCCCAGAUUCUCAGUGGCGUUCACCCGCUCUCAGAGGGCAACGUCAGUGUGAGCAGCAGCAAAAGCGAUUCCCCAGAGUCUCCAGCGGAGAAACCCCUCUCCACACCCUCACCUGCGAUCGAGGUGGCUAGAAAUCAGGAUUACCCGUCACCUGAACCUAUUCCUGAAGAGAUGUUGACAGGCUGGUGGAAGGUGACGGACAUUGAGGAGUUACGAUCCAUAGAGAAAGCCUGCCAUUCCCGAGGGAUCAGAGAGAAGCAGCUGCAGAAACAACUGCAGAAACACAUGGAUUACAUCGGCCAGGUGUGCAGCAGGAACAGAGAUGUCACUGUAAUCGACAUCUCUGAGCUGGAGGAGAAUCAGGUCUCGGAGGACACCGUCCAGAGCUGGUGUGUGGAAGAACAGGCCAUGGACAUGGACAUCGGUGUCCUGCAACAGGUCGAGGAACUGGAACACAAAGUCACUUCAGCCAGUCUGCAGGUUAAGGGCUGGAUGCAUCCAGUUCCACAGUCACAAAGUGAAGACCUGGUCUAUUACGAGCACAAACCUGUCGUGGAUAACUGCAAAGAAAGCAGCGACUGUGGCAUUGUGCGUCGUGCGAACAAUCCUCUGGAUAUCGCAGUGACGCGUCUGGCAGAGCUGGAGAGGAACAUUGAGCGAAGGUAUCUGAAGAGCCCUUUAAGCAGCACCAUUCAGAUCAGACUGGAUAACGUGGGCACGGUCUCCGUACCGGCCCCUGCGCCAUCACCUGCUAGAGCUGAUGGUGAAGGGGCUGAGGAAGAUCUGGCUCCAGGACUGAGACAGUGGCGUAAAGCUCUCAGCGAGGUGCGCAGUGCGAGUCAGCUCUCUCUCUGUAUACAGCAGCUGCAGAAGUCCAUCGCCUGGGAGAAAUCCAUCAUGAAAGUGUACUGUCAGAUAUGCCAUAAGGGGGACAACGAGGAGCUCCUGCUGCUGUGUGAUGGAUGUGAUAAAGGCUGCCACACGUACUGCCAUAAACCCAAGAUCACCACCAUACCAGACGGAGACUGGUUCUGCCCGGCCUGCAUAUCCCAGGCGAGCAGUCAGUCCCUGAAGACCAAGAAGCCCUUGAACCGUUCAAGCGGAGGCCUGAAGAAACCUGCCGAGGCCAAACGCCACAGGAAACCAUCUGUAGCCGGAGACAACUCGGAGGACGAUUCAGGCAGCGCCAACAGCACUCCCAAAAAAGUGUCAAAGGAAAUAAAAAAGAGAAAGACAGAGGAGAAUCCUUCCCCAAACCCAGCGUGUGUGAAGAAACCCAAAACCGUCAGAGAUGACAGUAAAGACUUGGCCAUGUGCAGGAUACUCUUGGCUGAGCUGGAGAGUCAUCAGGACGCCGGCCCGUUUCUGACACCCGUCAACUCCAAAUCUGUCCCGGGAUACCGCAAGGUCAUCAAGAAGCCCAUGGACUUCUCCACGAUCAGAGACAAACUCACCAACAGCCAGUACUUGAAUCUUGAGACUUUUAUUAUUGAUGUGAACCUGGUGUUUGAUAACUGUGAGAAGUUCAACGAGGAUAACUCAGACAUUGGGCGGGCGGGACACACGAUGAGAAGGUUUUUCCAGAGGAGAUGGACCGAGCUGUUGAGGCAGAACUCCCUGAAAGCGGCUCUCGGCACAUGAGCUCGUUCCAGAUCCGCUGGAUGAUGAAGAGUCACUCAGACCAGCAUUACGCACAGAAUCACCUCAUUCACAUGACGUUUCACGCCUGCUUUGGUUGCUGGAGGACACGCUUAAAUCAAGUACAGGGACGACUGUGAGCAAAUGAACUUUUCUUUCAACGUUUUGAAAAUAUCCUUCCACUACCUGUAAAUAUAUUUGUUUUUUUUUUUUUUUAAAUAAACAUUAAUAUUAUAGUGAA